UCCUGUUUUUACUUUGAAAAUAUUGAAAUGUCCGAGUUCGACACGCGACUUAUAGAAUUGGUGAGGGCUAAUCCCAAGCUUUAUGAGCGGGAACUAAGGAGCACGCCCUAUGAAGCCCAUAAAAAGCGGAACUCGGAGAUCUGGGGCAGCAUCUCAACAUCCUUGAAUACCGAUGUUAAUGCCUGCGUCAGUCGCUGGAACCAUCUGGUGGCCAAGCAGCGUCGAGAGUUGGCCAAGGAAAAAUCCGGAGGCACUGGCUCCGAUUGGAGCCUUCUGCCUCAUCUCCAAUUUCUGCAACAUCAUCACCAUCCUAUUAAUCAUCGAAAUUCGGGAGAUUUGAGUCGAAACUCCCUGAAAUCCAUCGAGGAAGUCCACGACGAAGAGGAUCCGCUACAGGAAGCCAUGGAUGAGCAGUUGGCCGUCGCGGGAGUAGCCCCGCCACCCACAAAUCCUCAUCCUGCCCCGUCCACUGCACCCGUUAGGGCAGAAAAGAGGAUAGAGGCCCUGUUGGAAGGGCUUGGAGAAGCCAACCGCAUAAAGGCGGAGAAAAGGAUUCUGGCCUACCUCUGCAAAUGCAAUCUGCGCGCCCUUAACGACGAACAAAUCGAUGAUAUAGUUAUAUAGAAUGGAAUAUAAUUUAGUCACAAAACAUCUCUAAAAAACGUAA